AUGUUGACUCAUGAUAAGAAGGAGAGGAAGAUUCCGAUAUCAAGUGGGAGUGGUAAGGGUCUAACCAAAGGUAUCGUCAAAUCUAAUGCUGGAAUCAAUAGAGGUACACCUUCAAAGAUGGUCAACACAAAUGCAUCGGUUGGUGGUUCUCGAACGAAUACAACUACAACAUCUACUACUACAAAGCCUACAUCUGUAAAGAAGUUCAAGUUUAAUGAAUUGAUGAAAAAAGCAUCCAAGGUUGAUCAAACCAAACUUUCUAUUAAUUUCAGUCUGCGAUCAAAAUCACCAGAAACAACAAGCACACAGAACAGGGUUUUAGCUUCUCAAAAAAGACCAAAUACUGACUAUAAAUCCUCAGUCCCUAAUGUUAAGGUGAAUAACAAUCAAAUCAGACCGCCGAUAACUUCAAAAUUCCUCAAUAAUAAUUCCUCAACUACUCAAAAAGAACCUGUUAAAUUAAAUAAGCUUCCUAAUCGAGAAAUUAAAACAUCCGCUUCUCUCAAAUCCAAAUCUGCUUUGGUAAGUCCUAUUCAGAAUAAGUCACGACAUAUUCAGAAGACGUCUGAACAAAUAUCUCGUACAGUUCCAUACAUAGAAAAGGGUGAGAAACGAAAAGAACUAAGUUCAAGCAGGAUUUUGAAUAAGAAAGAUCAUAAGAAGGUGCCCGUAAGUCAGAAAUCGGUCAAAAGUUCCAAGAUAGUGGAAAGAGAUCCAGUGGCCAAAAAAUCAUCCAUCCCAUUUAGAGGUCCGUCAGCCAAGUUGCAAGAAAAUUUAAACAAGCGCCAGAAAGUUGGUGGAAACAAUAAUAGAUUAGUUAAAUCUUCAAGAACAGCUCUGCAUAAUAGUGAUGACGAUGACGAUGAUAUGAGCUCUUUUAUUGCAUCGGAUGAGGAAGAAGAAGAAGGAAGAGAUUUAGGUUAUAAUAGAGAUGAAAUUUGGGCCAUAUUUAAUAAAGGGAAUAAGAGAAGCUAUAAUCGUCAAGUAUAUUCUGAUUCUGAUUCUGAUUCUGAUAUGGAGGCUACGGGAGCCGACAUAUUAGAGGAAGAAAACAGGUCGAGAAGGACAGCUGAACUCGAAGAUAAACGGGAAUUGGAACAAGAAAAGCGAUUAUCUGCCAUGAAAAAAGCUAGGAAAGCAAAAUAG